AUGUCUUUCUUCUAGUCUUAAGAAUUUGAAGAUUAGGAUGAACAUGAAUAAAUGCGAUAUGUGGUAAUGCCAGUAAAAUUUAUAAUUAGAAAUCCCCAAAUCAGUUGCAACUAAAAUCUCGAUUGUAUGAUCGAGGAGGUUAGUAAAAAAGACCUGUCACUAGAAAUUAACAAUAAGUAUUUCAUAUACUAAACAUAUAGUUAGUGCCUAAAUUGGUUGCUCAAUAAAGUAAAUAAAAGUUAGACCCACUCCGAAUGACCAUGGGAACAACCUUCAAAUAAAAUGUUGAUGAGCUCUAUAGAACUAAGUACCUUGUAGAUAAAUUAUCUGGUAAGUUCUAAAUAGAUUAAAAAUACUUGGCCAUAAUGCCAGAAGAGGAACGUAACUACUUAAUGCGAAAAACUGGUAUGAGUUCACUUGGAUCUCGUUUUAAACUCAAACCUCUUGAUUCUGAUCCACGUAUUUAAAGUCCAUUUAAAGAAACUUUGGCACAUGAUGAAGAAUUUGGCGUUACUGAAAAAGAAACUAAAUCUAAGUUGGAUAAAUACAUUGACUUGAUUCUCAGUAAUACUACAAGUGUUGAUGAAUACAUUUAUCUUGUAAGAGAAGAAGAUGAUGGCUAAGAUGAUCCUUAUAUGUUAGCAGUUGUAGAUUAUAAAACCAUUAAAGGAGAUGAUAAGAAAACUGAAAUCAAAGAGUAUUACACUAUUUCAAGAAAAGGAUUAUGUCAUUAUAUAAAUGGUAAACCUACUGAAUUCAUACCACUUAGAAAUUGGUUAAGAGAAAGGCAAACCUAUCAUUAAAUUAAAUCAUUAAAAUUCUUUACCAAAUUUAGAAAAUGGAAAACCCUUAAAAUGUGGAAAAGCAAUGUCAUUAAACAUAAAACUAAAACAAUUUAGAAUGCACUUCUGGAUAAGUAUUUCUUAUUAAAUCCAAUAAUGAGAGAAACUUUACUUACUGUAAGAAAAAACACUUAUGAUAUGAUGGAAACUUGUCGUUUCAUAGGAUUUGAAACUGCCCAUUAAUUAACUAUGAGUGAUAGUACAUUUACUUUAGAAUAGUUUAAAUAGUUAUAAGAUUAAUACAGAAAUAAAGUAAGUGGAAAAAUUAGAUCUUAUUCUCAAGCAUGUAGAAAGGUAGUUCAAAGUGGAUAUGAUAAAUCAUUGGAUAUUCUUAGAAAAUAAAAUUAUGUACCUUAAAAUGAUGAAUAAUUUGGUGGAAAUGCUCCAAGAGAUACUGGAACUAAUGUAUUUAGAACUAGAGAAAUAGCAUAUGAAACUCUUUAAUUUCCAGAUAGUAUGACUUAUGAAAAAAGAUCAUAAUUAAGAAAAGAAUGUUCAAAAUUCUUACGUUUCUCAUAUUUAGUUGAUUUCUUAGCUAUGGAAAGUCUUAGCAAUAUUUAUACUUUAUCAGUUCGAGAUUUGAUUGUAAAACUAAAAUCUUUAGAAUCAAUAGAAGAUUUUAAUGUUACAUUUGAAACAAGUAACAAACCUCCAAUAAGAUUUGAAGAACCUCUAUUUGUGAUUAAGUUAGAUUGUACAUUUGAUCAAGUGCCUUCAGAGGAUAUGUAAACUGAAGACAUUCCAGAAUUUAUACCUUAACCUUUUGGUAAUAGUACUGUAGAUGAUUUUCAUAUAUUAUAUCAUGCACAUUUAUAAGAGGAAAAGACAGAGGAAUAAAAAUAGGCAGAAAAACCAUAGGGAGGAAAGAAGGGGAAAGUUGAAGAUGACAGUGAAGAAGAUGAGACAGAUGGAGGAACAUAUGAUGAGAAUAAAAUAUACAAAAGGAUUGUAAUACCAAAUAUUUCAAAGCAUUGGAUUGUUAAAAAACCUUAACUUAAUACUUUUCAUGCAGAUAUUGUAAAAUGUAUAGGAGAAGGAUUGAAUGCUAUUUAAGCAUUUGAAAGAUGGAGUAGACAUAAUGAUAUGACAUAAUAUGUUGCUGUUUUGGAAGAAUGGGAUGAUAUGGUUGGUGAAGAAUGGGGACAUCCGGAAUCAAAUUAUUUAAAUCCUUCAGAUUGGUUAGAUUCAGCACCUCUUGAAACAUUUACAGGAAUAGUUAAAAAUAUUUUAGAAAAAGCAUUUGAAAGAGCUGAUAAAUAUAUUGAAAAAUAUUUUAAUAAACAUUUACUUACUUAUUGGGAAGACAAAUAAAUUAAUAUUGAUAUUUUUAAAGAUGAAAAAUUAGCACAUCCUGGAGAUACAUUUUAAUAUACAAUAGCAGUUCUAAAUAUGUAAAAGGAAUAAUUUUAGAAAGAUAUUCCUAUUGAAAGUAUGCAAGGAUUAUUUAAGAUUGAUUCAGCUGAAUUAAAAAAGAAAUUGGAACCUUUGCCAGCUGAAUUAUUAAAAUAGUUUGAUUAAUUUAUUUAACCUAUGUUAAGAGCCAGAUGCAAAGAAUUGAAAGAAUGGUUAUAAACUUCAACAGCUGCUUUGAAAGGAACAACAACUAAUAUUGAUGAAUUUGUAAAGUAGAGUAAUUCGUUAAAAUUAAUUCAAAAACAAUUAAAUAAAGUAAAAUCUAAAAUCUCACUUGUGGGUCAUAUUUAUAAUAUUCUUGAUGAAUACAAAAUAGAAGUUAAAAAGGAAGAUAAAUAGGCUUAUGUUGUAGAUAUAAUUCAAGCACAAAAUUUAUUAGAAUAAGCUAUUCAUCAUGCGGAAGAAGGUGCAGAAUCUAAAUUAGAUAGAUUUGCAAGAGAUGUUUAACAUAGCCUUAUUCCUUAAUUAGAAAAAUAGAUUGGUGCUUUGGAUGGAAUUAUUCAAGAUAAAAAAUAUAUAGAUGCUGGAUUAAGUUUAGAAUAAGCAAUUAAAGAAUUAAGUGAAUGUGAUGAACAAUGUAAAAAAUUGGAAACUGAUGCCAAAAAAUAUAGACAUUAUGAAAGUACAUUAGGAUUACCUACUUCUUAAUUUUAGAGUUUAGAAGACUUAAGAAAUGAUUUAAAUUUAAGAUAUUCUAUGUGGAAAUCUACUAAAGAAUGGAUUGAAUUGACAUAAUCUUGGAUAGAUGGAAAAUUUAUCGAUAUUAAUACAGAUGAAAUUAAAGCAAAAGGUGAAUACUAUACUAAAAUUGUGAAUAGAUGUUCAAAAGGAUUACCAGCCAAUUAAGUUUUAGAUGAAUUAAAAGAAAAAGUAUUUUCAUUCAAAGAUACAAUGCCUGUAGUUUUGGCACUCAGAAAUAGAAAUUUAAAAGAUUAUCAUUGGGUAUAGAUUAAAUAGGAGAUUUUAAAAUAAGAUUUUGAGAUAACUGAAACUUUCACUUUAAGAAAUUUGAUGGAUAUGAAGGUUGGAAUUUAUUAAGAAUAAAUCUAAGAGGUAGCUACUUAAGCCACUUAGGAAGCUGUAUUAGAUGCUUAAUUUAAUGAUAUUGAAUAGAAGUGGAAAGCUUUAGAAUUUACUUGUGUUAAUUAUAAGCCAGAGAAUCUAAGAAAUAAAGAAGUGUAUGUACUUACUGAUAUUGAUGAAUUAUAAGCAGCUUUAGAUGAUUUCUUGGCAAGUUUAAAUAAUAUUUUGGGAAGUAGAUACUUAAAAAUGUUGAGAAAGAGAGCUGAAAAGUUAUAAAAGGAUGUAUUGAUUGCUUAAGAAACAUUGGAUGAUUGGUUAUAAGUUUAAAAAAAUUGGAUUUAUUUGGAAAACAUAUUUGCAAGUCAAGAUAUAAAAACAAAACUGAAAGAAGAAAAUGCAUUAUUUGAGAAUGUUGAUAAAUAAUUCAAGGCUAUAAUGAAGAAAACAAAUUCUUAGAAAUAAGUUCAUAGAGCAAGUGGAUUAUUGGAUAAAUUUAGAGAAUAUAAAGAAACAUUAAAUAGGAUUUAGAAGGCUUUAGAAUCAUAUUUGGAAGAAAAGAGAAUGUCAUUUCCAAGGUUUUAUUUUUUAUCAAAUGAUGAGUUAUUGGAAAUAUUGGCAAAAUCAUAAGAUUUUGAUGCAAUAUAGAGAAAUUUAAAGAAAUGUUUUGAAGCAAUAUAUAGACUUGAGUAACCAGAAGAAGGUGCAAGAUCUGUAAAUGGAAUGAUUUCACCAGAAGGAGAAAAGAUUCCAUUUGUAAAAGCAGUUUCAACAAAAGAAGAAGUUGAAUUAUGGUUAAUGAAAGUAUAAGAUUAGAUGAUAGAAUCAUUAAAAAAGAGAAUGAAACAAGGAAAGGUAGAAAGUGAAACUUAAGAGAGAAAUCAUUGGUUAUUAAAUUAACCAGCAUAGGUUGUAGCUACGAUAUCCAAUCUUAUUUGGACAUAUGAUACAGAAUAAGCAAUAAAUAGUAUGGGUGAUGAUUCAACAGCAUUAUCAAAACAUUAUAAUUUAUUAUAUGAAUCAUUAAAUGGAUUAACUGCAUUGGUGAGAGGUACAUUAACUCCACUUUAACAUAAGGUGAUUGUAGCUUUGAUUACUCAAGAUGUUCAUGCUCGAGAUAUAGUGGAUGCAUUGACAGAUGAGAAUGUGAGUUCGAUCAGUGAAUUUUCAUGGUAACAAUAAUUAAGAUAUUAUAUGGAUGAGAAUGAUUUAAUAAUAGUGAGAUAGGUAAAUGCAAAAUUGAAUUAUGGAUAUGAAUAUUUGGGAGCAACAACUAGAUUGGUUAUAACAAAUUUGACAGAUAGAUGUUGGAUGACAAUUACUGGAGCUUUGAAUAUAAAAUUAGGAGCAGCUCCAGCUGGACCAGCAGGUACAGGUAAGACAGAAUCAACUAAGGAUUUAGCUAAAGCUUUAGGUAUGUUUUGUGUAGUGUUCAAUUGUUCAGAUUAAAUAGAAUAUAAAAUGAUGGGUCGUUUAUUUAGUGGUUUAGUAUAGUAAGGAGCUUGGGCUUGUUUAGAUGAGUUUAAUCGUAUUGAUAUUGAAGUACUAAGUGUCAUAGCUUAAUAAUUAUUAACAGUGAGAUAAGCAUUAAUAAGAAAAGAUUAAUAGUUUAUAUUUGUGAAUCCAGAUAAACCAAUAAAUUUAAAGGAAGAAGUUGGAGUAUUUAUUACUAUGAAUCCUGGAUAUGCAGGUAGAACUGAAUUACCAGAUAAUUUAAAAGUAUUAUUUAGACCAGUGUCUAUGAUGAUUCCUGAUUAUAAAUUAAUUGCUGAAAUUAUGCUUUAAGCAGAAGGAUUUGAAGAUGCAAAAUCAUUAUCUUAGAAGAUGACACAAUUAUAUCAAUUAAGUUCUUAAUAAUUAAGUUAGUAGGAUCAUUAUGAUUUUGGUAUGAGAGCAGUCAAAUCUGUGUUAGUUAUGGCAGGAGCUUUAAAAAGAGCAGAUAUCAAUUAACCAGAAGAUGCUGUUCUCAUUAGAGCUAUGAGAGAUAGUAAUGUACCUAAAUUCUUAAAAGAUGAUUUACCAUUAUUUUCAGCUUUAAUAAGUGAUUUGUUCCCCACUGCCAUAAUCAAAGAAGUAGAUUAUGGAGAUUUAUAAAAAUAAAUAGAGAUAUCUUUGGAUAAAAUGAAAUUAUAAAGAGUACCUAAUUUAAUAACAAAAACUAUUCAACUAUUUGAGACAUUUAAUGUUAGAUUUGGUGUAAUGUUGGUUGGUAAUACAAAUUCUGGAAAGACUUCAUGUUACAAAUGUUUAGAAAUGACAAUGAGUGAUUUAAGAAGAUUGAAUCAUCAAGAUUAAAGAUAUUAAUUAGUUACAACCUAUGUUCUAAAUCCAAAAUGUAUUUCUAUGGGUGAAUUAUAUGGUGAAGUAAAUGUAUUUACUCAAGAAUGGUAAGAUGGUUUGGCAUCUUAGAUCAUGAGAGAAGCAGCAUCAGAUGAAACUAAUGAAAAAAAAUGGGUAGUAUUUGAUGGCCCUGUCGAUGCAUUAUGGAUUGAAAAUAUGAAUACAGUCUUAGAUGAUAAUAUGAUGCUUUGUUUAGCUAAUGGUUAACGUAUUAAAUUGAGAACUUAAAUGAGAAUGUUAUUUGAAGUGUAAGAUUUAAGAGUUGCAUCUCCUGCUACAGUCAGUAGAUGUGGUAUGGUUUAUUUAACAUAAGAAGAUUUAGGAUGGUUACCAUUUGUUUAAUCUUGGGUUGAAUGUGAAUUUGGUCCAAAAGAAAUACAAUUAAAUGGAAAUACACUUAAUGUUGAAAUACUCUAACCAAAUGAAAGAAAAUAUUUACUUUCAUUGUUUGAAGAGUAUGUCAAUGAUGUUAUUACUAAAGUCAGAAAAACAUUUAAAGAAACUAUUGGAACUAAUGAUACUCAAUAAGUUGUCUCUCUUUGUAAUCUAUUGGAAGCUUUUAUCAAUGAAAAAUAUGGAUUCAAAGCAACCAUGACUGCUGAUUCUAGAAAAAGAUUCAUCUUAUAUGCUUUUACAUUUGGAUGUAUUUGGUCAGUAGGUGCCUCUAUUGAUGAUAAACAUCAUGAAGAUAUGAGUGAUUUCUUCAGAGAUCGCUUCUAGAGUAUCAUCUUUCCUAAUGUUGAUUAAGUCUAUUCUUAUUAUUUAGAUACAUCUAAUGAAUUGUCUUUCAAACAUUGGAAUGAUAAGAUUGAAGAAUUUACCUAUGAUCCAACUGAAUAGUUUUUCAAUAUGUUAGUUCCUACUGUAGAUACUGUUAGAUAUUCUUACAUCAUUGAAUAAUUGUUAUCAAUUAAUAAAAGAGUCUAUUUAACUGGACCUACUGGAACUGGCAAGAGUCAAGUCUUGGCUAAAUUAUUAGUUUAAAUAUAAGAACCUAGAUCUAUUGAUCCAGUUUAUAUUAUCUUUUCAGCUUAAACAACUUCUAUGGUUACUUAAAUGACUAUAGAAAAUAAACUUGAAAAAACUAGAAAAGCAUUACUAACAGCUAAACCUGGUCGACAAACAUGUAUUUUUAUUGAUGAUGUUAAUAUGCCAUAACUAGAAGAAUAUGGAGCAUAACCUCCUAUUGAAUUACUUAGAUUAUUAGUUGAUAAAGGAUUUCUUUAUGAUAGAAAAGAACGAUUCUAAAAAUUCAUUGAAAAUGUUACCUUACUCUGUUGUAGUGCUCCACCUGGUGGUGGUCGUAAUCCACUUACUCCUAGAUUCACUAGGCAUUUUAAUAUGCUCUCUUUACCAUAACCUGCUUAGGCUACUCUUUUCAAAAUCUUUUUUAGCAUUCUAAAUGGAUUCUUUGGAUAAGGAUUUACUGAUCCUGUCAAAAAAAUGUCAGAUACCAUCACAAAUGCAACCAUUGAAAUUUAUGUUAGAAUUAUUAAAGAAAAAUUGCCAAUACCAUCUAAAUUUCAUUAUACUUUUAAUUUAAGAGAUGUUAGCAAAGUUUUCUAAGGUAUUUUGAUGGUCAAACCUGGAUUAGUUAGAGAAGUUGAUCAAGUUACUCGUCUAUGGGUACAUGAAGUUAGUAGAGUAUUUUAUGAUAGAUUAAUUAAUGAUAUUGAUCGUGAUUGGUUCAAAGAACUUGUCGGAGAUUUAUUAGGAAGGCAAUUUAAAUCUAGAAUAACUAAGGAUGAUGUUUAUGGAGCAAGUAAAGUUUUAUAUGGAGAUAUUUUAAAGAUUGAUUCAGAUAAUAGAGAAUACGAAGAAAUCAAAGAUCUUGUAAAGUUAGUUAAGAUAUUGGAGGAUAAGUUGGAUGAUUAUAAUACAGAAUGUAAUUCUAAGACAAGAUUAGUAUUUUUUGGAGAUGCUAUUGAUCAUAUUUUGAGAAUAUCUAGAAUACUCAGAUAACCAAGAGGAAAUGCUAUGUUGAUUGGUGUUGGAGGAUCAGGAAAAUAAUCAUUAACAAGAUUAUCAGCAUUUAUGUAGAAUCAAUAAACAUAAUCUUUAGAGAUAACAAAAAAUUUUUCAGUAGAUAACUUUUAAGAAUUUUUAAAGAAGAUAUUCUAAAUUUCAGGUUUGUAAGAGAAACCAUUAUGCUUUUUAUUUACUGAUUCUUAAAUUGUAUAUGAGAGUUUUCUUGAAGAUAUAAAUAAUAUUUUGAAUUCAGGAGAAGUACCAAAUAUUUGGAAACCUGAAGAAAAGUAACCAUUACUUGAAGAAGUAAAGAAAAUAAAUGCAAGAUUAAAGAGACCUGAGGAUCCUGAUACACUUUAUAAGACUUUUGUAGAAAGUGUUCGAAAUCAAUUGCACAUAGUAUUGUGUAUGUCACCAGUUGGAGAUGCAUUAAGAGUUAGAUGUCGUAAAUUCCCUGCAAUGGUUGAUUGUUGUACUUUAGAUUGGUUUUCAAGUUGGCCAGCAGAGGCAUUGGUAUCUGUGGCAACAAAAAUCUUAUAACAAGAAACAGAUUUUCCAUAGACAGAUAUACCAUAGAAAUAACUUAUUGAUAGUUUGGCAUAAAUGUGUAUGGAAAUUCAUAUAUCAGCUAAAGAUUGUGCUGAUAAAUUUGAAGCUGCUCUUAAAAGAAAGGUAUAUACAACUCCAAAGAGUUAUUUGGAUUUGAUAGGAUUAUAUUUAACUAGUUUAAAAAGAAAAAGAGAAGAAUUAUAAUUAAAAUAAAAGAGACUAUCAGGAGGAUUAGUAAAAUUGAAAAUGGCUAAUGAAUAAGUAGCAGGUUUAUAAGUUACAUUAACUGAUCUAAAACCAUAAUUGGAAGAAUCAUCAAUAAAGGUUUAAUAGGCUCUUGAAAAAGUUAAUUAAGAUUCAUACCUUGCCAGUUAAUAGGAAUAAUUAGUAAAGGCUGAAACAGAAGAAGUGAAUAAGAAAGCUUAGGAUGUAAAAAUAAUAGCAGAUGAUGCUUAAGCUGAUUUGGAUGUAGUAAUGCCAGAAUUAGAAAAGGCAUUAAAAGCAGUAGAAUAGAUGGAUGAAAAUGAAAUAAAGAUUGUAAGAACAUAUAAUAAUCCACCUUAAGCAGUGGUAAUGGUUUUGGAGGCAGUAUUAACUUUAUUAGGUUAAAAUACUAGUUGGGAUUCUGCUAAAAAGGCAAUGAUUGAUGUGGGAUCAUUUGUAAGUUAGUUGAAAAAUUAUCCAAGAGAUAAUAUUCCUGAGAAAAUUCUUAAUAAUUUAAAAAAAAUAAUUUCAAGAGAUGACUUUGUACCUGAUUUAAUAAGAACAAAGGCUAAACCUGCUGCAGAUAUGGCAUCAUGGUGUAUAGCUAUGAAUACAUAUGCAAAUGUAAGUAAGAAAGUAGAACCAAAGAAAAAGAAGGUGGCAGAAAUGAUGGCAAUAUUAGAUUAGGCAAAUAAAGAAUUAGCAGUUAAGGAAGGAGAACUUUUAAAAGUUAAAUAGGCAGUUAAGAAAUUAUAGUAGGAGACAGCAGAAAUGGCAUAAAAGAAGCAAGAUCUUGAAAACUUAAAAGAAUUAACUGAAGCUAGAUUAGAUAGAGCAUAGAAAUUAAUUAGUUUGACAGCAUCAGAGGCUGAAAGAUGGGCAAGAACAGUUGAAGAAUUAGGAAUUGCUAUAAUCAAUUUAAUAGGUGAUGUAUUUUUGGCAGCUGCAUCUAUUUCAUAUAAUGGACCAUUUACAGGACCGUAUAGAAAUGAAUUAAUUAAUCAUUGGACAGAAAAGGUUAGAGAAGCAUAAAUUCCUGUAUCUGAGAAAUUUACAUUAGUUGGUACACUUGGUGAUCCAUUAUAAUUGAGAGAUUGGACAAUUAAUAAAUUACCAAGUGAUUCUGUUUCUUAGGAGAAUUCUAUUCUUGCUACUUAAGGAUAUAGAUGGCCUUUAAUGAUUGAUCCACAAUAAUAAGCUAAUAAUUGGAUUAAGAGUUCUUUUUCUGCUCUUAAAUUAAAAGUUGUUAAAUUUUCAGAUCCAAAAUUUUAAUCUGAUAUGAGAUUAUGUAUUACUAAUGGAUAUCCUAUUUUGAUUUAAGAUAUUGAAGAGAAUUUGGAUCCAUCAAUUGAAACUAUAUUAUAAAAAUAAUAUAAAGAAUCUGAUGGUCGUAUUUUAAUUAAAUUUG